UCCCCAACCCCACCAAAAAGCAGAAACCAACACAACACAACAGAUAGAAAAUUUUAUAAGUCCACAGGGGCUUGCACAAAAGCCUUGUAGUAUUCCUCUCUCUCUCUCUCUCUCUCUCUACACAGUGGCUUAGAGUUGCAGGUCCAUCAAUGGAGAUCACCUCUAGGCUUCCAGACAGAGAAAACCCAUCUCCCAUAAACUCCCCAAACAGCAAUGGAGCUCACCCACAAACCCCUCCACUGACCCCAAAACCAGUCUCUAGAUCUGAAACCAGUCCUUACCCAACAACCUUCAUCCAAGCAGACGCCACCACCUUCAAGCAGGUGGUUCAGAUGCUCACCGGAUCGGCCGAGACGGCGAAGCAAGCAUCCAAUCCGCCGCCGCCGUCCAAAGGGUACAUACCGCCUGUCAAGACUGGCCAAAAGAAACAAAACUUCAAGCUUUAUGAGAGAAGGAAUAAUCUCAAGAAUGGUCUCAUGAUCAGCCUCUUGAUCCCGGGAUUAGCUCAAAAUUCUGGGUUUUCGCCCCGGAAGCAGGAGAUCUUGUCGCCUAGUUUGCUUGACUUCCCUUCGUUGGUUCUCAGUCCGGUGACGCCAUUGACUGAGGACCCAUUCAACAAGGCUUCGUCUCCGGUGGGAAGCUCGUCGGAGGAAGAGAAGGCCAUAGCCGAGAAGGGGUUCUACUUGCACCCGUCUCCCCGAACCACCCCCGGCGCUGCCGAGCCCCGCCUUCUGCCGCUGUUUCCGGUGACUUCUCCACGAGUAUCUGAGUCGUCUUCUUGAAUCCCUCCCCCCCCCACAACUCAAAAGAAAAGAAAACCCAGAAAAAUGUACAAUUUGAUCCAUCUUCUUCCAUUGUUCCAAACAAUGAAGAGCUUCUUUUCUUGGUUUCUUUUCUAUAUUGUUUCCAAGUUUCAACUGGAAUGAUCAAACUGUGUUCAGCUUUCUGUU